AUAACCUCAUGUAGACUUGAGACUGUGGACUUGUCCUCCAACAACAUCUCUGAACCUUUUCCAAGUCGAUCUUUUCUUCUGAGUUGUGAUCAUCUUGCUUCUGUUAACCUCUCUCACAAUUCAAUCCCUGGAGGCAGUCUCAGCUUUGGUUCUUCUCUGCUGCAGCUUGACCUCUCUCACAAUCAGAUUUCUGAUACAGCCUUGUUGACAUGUCAAAAUCUGAAUCUGCUCAAUGUUUCCACUAACAAGCUCACUGGAAAACUGAGUGAUUCUCUUUUUUCUUGCAAGAAUCUAUCAACCCUUGACCUUUCAAACAAUACUUUUUCUGGGGAAAUACCAAGCAGCUUCCUGGCAAAGGCCUCAGCAUCUCUCGAGUAUUUGGAUCUCUCAAGCAACAAUUUCACUGGAAAAUUCUCCAACCUUGAUUUUGGGCAGUGCAGAAGCAUCACUUUGCUGAAGCUAGCACACAACGCACUCUCUGGGGAUCAAUUUCCUGUAAGCCUUGGUAACUGUCAGGUUCUGGAGACACUGGACCUGUCCAAUAAUAAGCUUGAGAACAAAAUUCCUGGUGUUUUGUUGGGCAAUCUCAAGAAAUUGAGGCAACUGUUUUUGGGUCAUAAUCAUUUUUCUGGUGAAAUUCCAACUGAACUAGGAAAGGCUUGUGGGACUCUUCAGGAGCUUGAUAUCUCGGUUAACAAUCUUUCUGGAGGGUUGCCUUCAAGUUUUACAUCCUGCUCUUCUUUGGUUAGUCUCAACCUUGGUCACAAUCAGCUCUCAGGAAAUUUCCUUAGUUCCAUUGUAAGUAGUCUUCCUAGUUUGAGAUAUCUCUAUGUGCCAUUCAACAACAUAACUGGUCCUGUGCCACUGUCUCUUACCAAUGGUACUCGGCUUCAAGUGCUCGAUCUCAGUUCUAAUGCCUUCACGGGGAACGUCCCUUCAGGGUUUUGCUCCUCCAAUGCUCCCUCAACUUUGGAAAAGAUACUUCUAGCCAACAAUUUUCUCUCCGGGACUGUGCCCACGGAACUUGGAAACUGCAAGAACCUGAAGGCUAUUGAUCUUAGUUUCAACAAUCUGAUUGGUCCAAUUCCUUCAGAAAUUUGGAGCUUGCCAAAUCUCUCUGACUUGGUUAUGUGGGCAAACAACCUCACUGGUGAAAUCCCAGAAGGUAUUUGCAUCAAUGGAGGAAACCUGGAAACUCUGAUUCUCAACAAUAAUCUCAUCACUGGAACCAUUCCCCGGUCCAUAGCCAAAUGCACCAAUAUGAUUUGGGUGUCACUAGCUAGCAACCGCCUUACGGGAGAUAUCCCUUCUGGUAUUGGAAAUCUCAUUAAGCUUGCUAUACUUCAGUUGGGUAACAAUUCACUCUCUGGACAGAUUCCAGCUGAGCUUGGCAAGUGUCAGAGCCUUAUUUGGCUUGAUUUAAACAGCAAUGACCUAAGCGGUUCUAUCCCAUCAGAGCUUGCCAACCAAGCUGGUCUAGUCUCUCCUGGAACUGUUUCCGGGAAGCAGUUUGCAUUUGUGAGAAAUGAGGGUGGGACAUCCUGCAGGGGUGCAGGAGGACUAGUUGAGUUUGAGGGAAUCCGAGCAGAGAGACUAGAAAAGUUUCCUAUGGUGCACUCUUGCCCAUCAACUAGAAUUUACUCUGGCUUGACAGUUUACACAUUCACCAGUAAUGGCAGCAUGAUCUACCUUGAUCUAUCCUACAAUUCCUUGUCUGGAAGCAUUCCCGACGACUUAGGUACACUGUCCUAUCUG